GUAACUAAGAUAACUAAGUGUACAGACUGAUUGACAGAGUGGAUGACUAAGAUAGGGAGCACCAUACUGUAUUUCAUUCAGGACUUGGGAGAUGAUGGAUGAAAAAGAGCAGAGCAGCUGGUAUUUCAUCUAACACAGAAGAUCACCUCUAUCCCCUUACUAAAGAGAGAGAACUUUCCGGCUAUGCUGCCUUUCUACUAGCGCCCGUCUGCGUCCACAUCUACAGUACAUGCUUCCCGUGUUUUUCAUAUUGAAUUAUAUUUCCUCAUAUUACUAAUUUAAGAAAAGUUCAGACUUUCAGAAUCUCUUUGACCAUGGGGGAGGAGGUGAAAAAACGUCCCAUCAUUGCUGGCAGAGAGAAAGGGCCAGGACCCGGCCGCUACUCUCUGCCACCAACCAUUGGUUUCAUCGGCCAUGAUUUCACAAAGACAACCAGUCCAGCUUACUCUUUUCAUGGUACAAUGUGCAACAACUUGUACUGUGUUGACUCCAGUCCUGGGCCUCAGUAUUAUAUUGAUGCAAAAAUGACCCGCUUCGGCAGGGAUGGAAAUCCUGCAUACUCCAUGCUGGGUAGAGUGAGAGGAUCAUCAAGAAAGUUCCCACCAACUUCAGAGAUUUUCCAGACUCCUGGACCAGGGGCAUAUAGCCCUGAGAAUGCUCCACCAUGCAACGCCCAGCGUAAACCUCCAUCCUACACCAUGGGCUCACGCACCCGCUACCGUACCAUUGACUCAGUGCCUGCCCCCAACACGUACUCUCUUCCUCCACUCAUGGGGCCCCAUAUCCCUACCAAGCCAGCCAGUGCCAGCUUUACCAUCUCAGGGCACUGCAAGUCAGGGGGUCCGUCAGAGGACCUAUCCAAAACCCCAGGCCCUGGUAGAUACAACAGUACAGAUCCAAGUGUCUACCUGCCCAGGAAACCAGCUUUCUCCAUUCUGGGUCGCCAUGGCCUCCCCAACAACAGCCCUCUGAAGCCUGGUCCUGGAACCCAUAACCCCGAGAAGGUGACUGUCCACAAGCCUCGGGCCCCAGCUUUCUCUUUGGGUGUCAGACACUCUGAAUUUGUCACUCCACUUGUGGUCAAUGUAGCUGACUGAAAAUCACUUCUCACUGUCACCUCCAAAGUUGUUGGCACCCACAAAAAGAUGAGCAAAAAAGUCUGUUUAGAAUGGAACACAAACAUGGACAGAAUCCUCCAUAAAUAAUCUUUCCACAUCCUCAAACCACAGGUUUUCACUGAGAUUCCAAAAUGUUGAUUUUGUGGUCAAUUAACUACUUUUGCCUCCUGUACAAUCUUCCUCAAUAGGGGGCCUGGAAGCUGUCUAUUGUUAAACCAGGCAGGUUUAACACUGUUCCAUCAGUUAUGUACUUCUUAUUGGUUUCCAUAAGUGAUAGAUAUAGAUUUU